GUUCACACACAGGCAGUUCGUGCUCCUUGCAUCACACAAAGCGCGCAUGUGUGACAAUGACGAAGUGUGGCAGGUGGUCGGGCACCGCCGUCGCCGCUACCGCCCUGGCGGCAGCAAGGCGGAACAACAGCAGCCUCCGGCGGACAUGCGCCGCAUGGCCACUCGGGGAACAGGUCUCGCCGCAUCCAACAACACCGCAGCAAGCAUCGGAAAGAGCACGGCCAAAAGCAAGGCGGCACCCAACAAGUACUCCUAUGGCGAAAGAAACAGUAGCAAGGAGCAGUCACCACUGGAGCAAACAGCAGGAGAGUUGGUCCGGGCAGAGCUUGCAAAGCUGGAACAACUGAAGGUGCUUCUGCGAGAAACGGCGCUGUGGCAACGCCUCGUUGAGGGCUUGAGACAUAUCCUGCCGCAGUUGGGGAUUGCGGCUCCAACUCCCGCGGGAAGCUCUUCUACUACUCCUGAUCCUCCUGCUAUUCCCCCUGCUAUGUCCUCUUGCCCAAAGAACGGCGUUGGCGACAACGACAGCACUAGCUCCGCGCCGGCAUCAAGGCGGCGCCGGGGGCUGCGCGAGCUCGUUUGCUACGGCAUCGGCAAUUUCAGCGAGAAUCACAGCUCGAGAUACCAGUUUGCCCUCGCGCUGUGCCUUCGUGACUUGCUUGUGAGGAUAAUCGACGAUACAGGUGCCACGGACGAAGCAGCACCAGCAGCAGUAGUAGCAGCAGCAGCAGCAACAGCAACAGCAACAGCAACAGCAGCAACAGCAACAACACCGCAGAGCCUCGUAGGACUUGACAGCAACGCCAGCAACGCGGAACGAACACAGCAGCAGCUGUGCCACGACGGCACAGCAUCCCUCACGAAACCAGCGGCAGAAGGAGCGGUGCUGGAUUGCUCCCUGCCAGAGACGGCCCCCACCGACGGGGGCAGCCGCGGUGCUCCCGCAGACGCAAGCAAUUUGCCGAGUAGGCAAACCAACCGGUCCCAAGAAAGCAACCCCACUGGGGUGGCAAUGCUCGUGUUUGAUCCAACCAUGGGAGAAGCCGAGAAAGCGAUUAUGGCGGCGCUCGGUUGUGGCUUGCUGGAAAACGAGGAAGGGAAACGGUGCUGCUGUCGCUGCUGUGGUGAACGCGGCAGUGGCGACAAAGCAGGGGGCGAGGACGUGGCGACGCCGACGCUAUUCUUCAUGCCGCACUGCCCCCAGCGCCUGUACAGCAACGUGCUCUGGGCUAACUGGUGCUCUCGGGCAAUGGGCUCGAUCCUUAUCCUCGGCAACAAGAUCUCGUCGUACACGGAUCGGCUUCUCGACGCUCGCAGCCGGGUUGACCCAACCAACGCCCUCCUUCGUGCCGGGCCGCUGCUGCAAGACAUCGACCUUCUCCCGUACCCGGGUUCGGAUAGGGCUAGGUGGCGCCGGGACGUCGAGAAGCUGCCGAGAUUCGAGCGAGCGUUCAACGACCUGGCGCUGUCGUUUCCGAGCCCCGAUGCCCGUAGUUCGGCAGAGGGGGCCAAGGCCUUGCUCGACAGGCCGCAGGAGUUUUUCGAGGAGGAGGAUGGGGAGCUUGUGACGGGACGGGCGCAUGGCGGCAGAUAGCCGUGUGCAUCUCUGGUUUCGGGGCGGUUUGGGUGAUAGCGUUGCUGGGGCUUGGUGAUGUUUCGAUCAGCGCUCCAUGCCCAGCAGGUCGUCUGUGGGAGCCAGGGAGCCAGAUGCACGUGUUUUGCUGCGGCUCGUCGUUUGUUUCCUCCGCUUUUGUGAUUCGAAACCUUUUCGCAUCUCUAGUACCAUAAGAGAUGUGCGAAUGAUGGCUUGCUGGGUUGAUGUUUGCUUGCUCUUGCCCCGAACGCAGUGCAAUCUCUGGCGUCCGUUGCUUCUUGUUGCCUCCACAACUAUGCUUCCGCGCAGUCUCAGCGACCCCCGAUACGUUCUCAACGUGAUUUCACGUCUUUGAACGCUGGU